CAUUUCCUCUUUCGUCUCCCCCCUUUCCCACUUGUCUCUCCCCUGGCGGCCCGGGCUGGUGUUGGGGGCGGACUCGCGUUCCCGCUUCCGGUGUGGUGUCAUGGUGGCCGGUGGGCUUUGAUGGCUGAGAAGGCGGAGGAGGAGGGGAGCUGAGAGCUCGGCGGCUGCACUGAGCCGAGGGGAAGAGGGAAGGGGGCGUCCGGACCCUUCUUCUCCCCCCUCGGCCUGGCGGGCGGCGGGAGAUGGCGGCCCACAAGCCGGUGGAAUGGGUGCAGGCCGUGGUGAACCGCUUCGAUGAGCAGCUUCCAAUCAAAGCCAGCCAGCAGAAUACCCACACCAAAGUCAGCACAGAACAUAACAAGGAAUGUCUCAUCAACAUUUCCAAGUAUAAGUUCUCUCUGGUUAUUAGUGGCCUCACAAAUAUCUUAAAAAAUGUUAACAACAUGAGGAUAUUUAGUGAAGCUGCAGAAAAGAACUUAUACCUUUCUCAGUUGAUUAUUUUGGAUACACUGGAAAAGUGUCUUGCUGGGCAACCCAAAGACACCAUGCGGCUUGAUGAGACAAUGCUGGUCAAGCAACUGCUGCCAGAGAUCUGCCAUUUCAUCCAUACCUACCGUGAAGGGAAUCAACAUGCUACAGAGCUUCGCAAUUCUGCAUCUGGGGUUCUCUUUUCUCUGAGCUGCAACAAUUUUAACGCGGUGUUCAGCCGUAUCUCUACCAGAUUGCAGGAAUUGACAGUCUGCUCUGAAGACAAUGCUGAUGUUCAUGAUAUUGAGCUGUUACAGUACAUCAGUGUGGACUGUGCUAAAUUAAAGCGGAUACUACAAGAGAUGGUCUUUAAGUUCAAAGCUCUCAAAAAAGCAGCACAACUGGCAGUUAUCAAUAGUCUUGAAAAGGCAUUUUGGAACUGGGUGGAAAACUAUCCGGAUGAAUUUACGAAGCUGUACCAGACACCACAGACUGAUCUGUCAGAUUGUGCAGAGAAGCUGUUUGAUUUGGUAGAUGGAUUCGCUGAAAGCACGAAACGCAAGGCAGCCGUUUGGCCCUUGCAGAUUAUACUCCUCGUCCUCUGUCCAGAAAUCAUCCAAGACAUUACAAAGAAUGUAGUGGAGGAAAACAAAAUGAACAAGAAACAAUUCUUGGAGAACCUCAGGAAGGCACUGGCGGGCCACAGCGGAAGUAGGCAGCUAACCGAAAGUGCAGCCAUUGCUUGUGUAAAAUUGUGCAAAGCGUCAACUUACAUCAGCUGGGAAGACAAUUCAGUCAUUUUUCUUCUAGUGCAGUCCAUGGUAGUAGAUCUCAAGAACCUGCUCUUCAACCCUAGCAAGCCUUUCUCAAGAGGCAACCAGAAUGCAGACAUAGACCUCAUGAUCGACUGCUUAGUGUCCUGCUUCCGCAUCAACCCACACAAUAACCAGCACUUCAAGACUUGCCUGGCACAGAAUUCCCCAUCCACGUUUCAUUAUGUGCUGGUAAAUUCACUCCACCGUAUAAUUACAAAUUCCGCAUUAGAUUGGUGGCCCAAGAUCGAUGCUGUGUACUGUCACUCCGUGGAACUCCGCAGCAUGUUCAGUGAAACUCUCCAUAAAGCUUUACAGGGCUCUGGUGUGCAUACCCCAAUUCGUAUGACCCCGAGUCUUACAUUUAAAGAGAAAAUGACAAGCCUCAAGUUUAAAGAAAAACCUACAGACGUCGAAACGAGAAGUUACAAAGUUUUGUUGUUAUCUAUUGUAAAACUGAUCCAUGCUGACCCGAAACUCCUACUCUGUAAUCCAAAGAAACAGGGGCCUGAGACACAAGGCAGCACGGCUGAACUCAUAACAGGCCUCGUCCAGCUUGUCCCACAGGCCAGUAUGCCAGAAAUAGCACAAGAGGCCAUGGAGGCCUUGCUUGUGCUUCAUCAGUUGGACAGCAUUGACUUGUGGAAUCCUGAUGCACCCAUUGAAACAUUCUGGGAAAUCAGUUCACAAAUGCUGUUUUGUAUAUGCAAGAGACUAACGAGCAAUCAGAUUCUCAGCAGCACGGAAAUCCUCAAAUGGCUGCGAGAGAUUUUGAUCUGCAGGAACAAAUUUCUUCUGAAAAACAAACAAUCAGAUAGAAGUUCCUGCCCCUUUCUCUUCCUUUAUGGGGUAGGAUGUGAUGUCUCUGGGGGUGGAGCUAAUCAAAUUUCUCUUGACCACGAAGAGGUGAUGCGCUGUAUCCCAGGAGCUCCGCUCCGGAAGGGCAAGGGAAGUGUCUGCAUGGAAAGCACUGCGGGUUGCAGUGGGACGCCAAUAUGCCGCCAAGCCCAGACCAAGUUGGAGGUUGCCCUGUACAUGUCUCUCUGGAGCCCCGACACCGAGGCGGUGCUUGUGGCAAUGUCCUGUUUCCGACAUCUCUGUGAGGAAGCCGAUAUCAGGUGUGGAGUAGAUGAGGUGUCAGUUCACAACUUCUUGCCCAACUAUAAUACCUUUAUGGAGUUUGCAUCUGUGAGCAAUAUGAUGUCAACAGGAAGAACAGCUCUUCAGAAAAGAGUGAUGGCACUGCUCAGGCGCAUUGAACAUCCAACAGCGGGUAACACUGAGGCUUGGGAAGAUACACAUUUUAAAUGGGAGACGGCUACAAAAUUGAUCCUCAACUAUCCAAAGACUAAAAUGGAGGAUGGCCAGGUUGCCGAAAGUCUUCACAAGACAAUAGUCAAGAGGCGGAUGUCCCAUGUCAGUGGUGGAGGUUCCAUUGAUCUGUCAGACACAGACUCUUUGCAAGAGUGGAUCAACAUGACCGGCUUUCUGUGCGCCCUUGGUGGGGUGUGCUUGCAGCACCGCGGCAGCACGCCCUUCCCAUCCUACAGUCCCCCCAUGGGCCCUGUGAGUGAGCGGAAAGGCUCCAUGAUCUCCAUGCUGUCGACCGAAGGCAACACGGAGACUCCUGUGAGCAAGUUCAUGGACCGCUUGUUGUCCCUGAUGGUCUGUACCCAUGAGAAAGUGGGUCUGCAGAUACGGACUAACGUUAAGGACCUCAUGGGCCUGGAGCUGAGCCCUGCCCUUUAUCCAAUGCUUUUCAACAAAUUAAAGAACAUCAUCAGCAAGUUCUUCGACUCACAAGGGCAGGUCUUGUUAAAUGAUACCAACACCCAGUUUGUGGAGCAGACCAUUGCGAUCAUGAAGAACCUGCUGGAUAACCACACUGAAGGCAGCUCGGAACACCUAGGGCAAGCCAGGAUUGAGACCAUGAUGCUGAAUCUAGUUAGAUAUGUGCGUGUCCUCGGGAAUCCGGUGCAUGCAAUUCAGAUCAAAACCAAACUCUGUCAGCUCGUGAAGGUAAUGAUGGAGAGGCGAGAUGAUCUGUCCUUCUGCCAAGAAAUGAAAUUCAGGAACAAGAUGGUGGAAUAUUUAACUGACUGGGUUAUGGGAACGUCCAACCAGGCUACAGAUGAGGAUGUGAAAUGUCUGACAAGAGACUUGGACCAGGCAAGCAUGGAAGCUGUUGUCUCUCUUCUGGCGGGACUUCCACUUCAACCGGAAGAAGGAGAUGGAGUUGAAUUGAUGGAAGCUAAAUCCCAGCUGUUCCUAAAGUACUUCACCCUGUUUAUGAAUCUCCUCAAUGACUGCAGUGAAGUUGAAGAUGAAAGUGCGCAAACAGGUGGCCGGAAACGUGGGAUGUCUCGAAGGCUGGCUUCCUUGCGGCACUGCACUGUUCUGGCUAUGUCAAACUUGCUCAAUGCAAAUGUGGAUAGUGGCCUUAUGCAUUCUAUAGGGUUAGGAUAUCACAAAGAUCUCCAGACAAGAGCUACAUUCAUGGAGGUCCUCACCAAAAUUCUGCAACAGGGCACUGAGUUUGACACCCUGGCAGAAACUGUGCUGGCAGAUCGGUUUGAGAGAUUGGUGGAGUUGGUCACCAUGAUGGGUGACCAGGGAGAACUGCCCAUUGCUAUGGCUUUGGCGAACGUGGUGCCUUGUUCCCAGUGGGAUGAACUGGCUCGUGUCCUUGUCACCCUUUUUGACUCCAGGCACUUGCUUUACCAGCUGCUUUGGAACAUGUUUUCUAAAGAAGUUGAGCUGGCUGACUCCAUGCAGACGCUUUUCAGGGGAAAUAGCUUGGCUAGUAAAAUAAUGACUUUCUGCUUUAAGGUGUAUGGUGCAACAUAUCUCCAGAAGCUUUUGGAGCCUUUAUUAAGAACUGUAAUUACGUCUCCAGAAUGGCAGCCUGUUAGCUUCGAAGUGGACCCUACAAGGUUGGAAUCCACUGAAAGCCUUGAUAGUAACCAGCGAAGCCUUCUUCAGAUGACCGAGAAGUUCUUCCAUGCCAUCAUCAACUCUUCCACUGAGUUCCCACCCCAGCUUCGGAGUGUUUGUCACUGUCUCUAUCAGGCAACUUGCCACUCUCUCCUGAAUAAAGCUACCGUAAAAGAAAAAAAGGAAAACAAAAAAUCAGUGGUCAGCCAGCGGUUCCCUCAGAAUAGCAUUGGAGCAGUUGGGAGCGCCAUGUUCUUGAGAUUCAUUAAUCCAGCUAUUGUGUCCCCAUACGAGGCUGGCAUCCUGGAUAAGAAGCCUCCGCCGAGGAUCGAAAGGGGCCUGAAGUUGAUGUCGAAGGUACUUCAGAGCAUUGCUAACCAUGUCUUGUUUACAAAGGAGGAACACAUGCGGCCUUUUAACGACUUUGUGAAAAGCAACUUUGAUGCUGCCCGAAGGUUUUUUCUUGACAUUGCAUCAGAUUGUCCAACUAGUGAUACAGUCAAUCACAGCCUCUCUUUCAUCAGUGAUGGCAAUGUGCUUGCACUACAUCGUUUGCUGUGGAACAAUCAAGAGAAAAUUGGCCAGUACCUUUCCAGCAACAGGGACCACAAGGCAGUUGGAAGGCGACCAUUUGACAAGAUGGCAACUUUGCUUGCAUACCUGGGUCCUCCUGAGCACAAGCCAGUGGCAGACACGCAGUGGUCCAGUAUAAAUCUCACCAGUUCCAAGUUUGAAGAAUUUAUGACAAGGCACCAGGUACAUGAAAAAGAAGAAUUCAAAGCCCUAAAAACACUCAACAUUUUCUACCAAGCCGGGACAACAAAAGCUGGCAAUCCUGUCUUCUACUACAUUGCUCGUCGGUUUAAGACCGGCCAGAUCAACGGUGACCUGCUGAUAUAUCAUGUUUUGUUGACGCUGAAGCCUUACUAUGCCAAGCCGUAUGAAAUUGUAGUGGACCUCACUCACGCUGGCCCCAGUAACCGUUUCAAAACGGACUUCUUGUCCAAAUGGUUUGUAGUUUUCCCAGGGUUCGCUUACGAAAACGUCUCUGCCGUGUUCAUCUACAACUGCAACUCGUGGGUGAGGGAGUACACCAAGUACCACGAACGGCUCCUGACGGGCCUGAAAGGCAGCAAGAGGCUCGUCUUCAUUGACUCUCCUGGGAAAUUGGCCGAGCACAUAGACCACGACCAGCAGAAACUUCCAGCUGCUACCUUGGCCUUGGAAGAAGACCUGAAGGUUUUCCACAAUGCCCUCAAAUUGGCCCACAAAGACACCAAAGUCUCUAUUAAAGUUGGUUCCACAGCUGUUCAAGUAACUUCGGCUGAGCGCACAAGAGUCCUGGGACAAACAGUGUUCCUGAAUGAUAUUUACUACGCUUCUGAAAUAGAAGAAAUCUGCCUUGUGGAUGAAAACCAGUUCACCUUAACCAUUGCCAAUCAAGGCACACCUCUUACUUUCAUGCACCAAGAGUGUGAAGCUAUUGUACAGUCUAUCAUUCACAUACGGACACGAUGGGAAUUGUCCCAGCCUGACUCUAUACCGCAGCAUACGAAAAUCCGUCCCAAGGAUGUGCCGGGAACCCUGCUGAACAUUGCGCUGCUUAAUCUAGGGAGCUCAGACCCAAGUCUACGGUCUGCGGCCUAUAAUCUUCUCUGUGCCUUAACCUGUACUUUUAAUUUAAAGAUUGAAGGCCAAUUACUGGAAACUUCAGGUCUCUGUAUCCCUGCAAACAACACCCUGUUCAUUGUCUCCAUUAGUAAGACUCUGGCAGCUAAUGAGCCCCACCUUACUUUAGAGUUUUUGGAAGAAUGCAUUUCUGGAUUUAGCAAGUCUAGUAUUGAACUAAAACACCUCUGCCUGGAAUAUAUGACCCCCUGGUUAUUGAACCUGGUCCGCUUCUGCAAACAUAAUGACGAUGCCCGACGCCAGCGAGUCACAGCGAUUCUUGAUAAGCUUAUCACAAUGACAAUAAAUGAGAAACAGAUGUAUCCUUCCAUUCAAGCCAAGAUAUGGGGUAGUUUGGGACAGAUAACUGAUCUGCUUGAUGUGGUGUUGGACAGUUUUAUCAAAACCAGUGCCACAGGAGGAUUGGGGUCCAUCAAAGCAGAGGUCAUGGCAGAUACAGCUGUUGCUCUGGCUUCUGGAAACGUGAAGCUGGUUUCCAGUAAAGUAAUUGGACGGAUGUGCAAAAUAAUCGACAAGACUUGUCUCUCUCCAACUGCUACAUUGGAGCAGCACCUCAUGUGGGACGAUAUUGCCAUUCUAGCCCGUUACAUGUUGAUGCUGUCUUUUAACAAUUCCCUCGAUGUGGCCGCACAUCUCCCUUACCUCUUCCAUGUUGUUACUCUGUUAGUGGCCACUGGUCCUCUUUCUCUCAGAGCUUCCACCCAUGGCCUGGUCAUCAACAUCAUUCAUUCUCUGUGCACUUGUUCACAACUUCACUUUAGUGAGGAAACCAAGCAGGUUUUGAGACUGAGUUUAACCGAGUUCUCGCUACCCAAAUUCUACUUGCUGUUUGGAAUUAGCAAAGUGAAAUCGGCGGCAGUCAUUGCAUUCCGCUCCAGCUAUCGGGACCGGUCAUUCUCUCCUGGUUCCUAUGAGAGGGAGACAUUUGCACUGACAUCCCUGGAAACAGUCACAGAAGCAUUGCUGGAAAUUAUGGAGGCAUGCAUGAGGGAUAUUCCAACCUGCAAGUGGCUUGACCAGUGGACGGAACUAGCUCAGAAGUUUGCAUUCCAGUAUAAUCCAUCCCUCCAGCCAAGAGCCCUUGUGGUCUUUGGCUGCAUCAGCAAACGUGUGUCACAUGGACAGAUAAAGCAAAUCAUCCGGAUCCUGAGCAAGGGUCUGGAGAGCUGCUUGAAAGGGCCGGACAGCUACAACAGCCAAGUGCUGAUAGAGGCUACCGUCAUAGCGCUGACCAAGCUCCAGCCACUCGUCAACAAGGACUCACCUAUGCACAAGGUACUCUUCUGGGUGGCCAUGGCAGUCCUGCAGCUGGACGAGGUCAACCUAUAUUCUGCGGGCACAGCUCUGCUGGAGCAAAACCUUCACACUCUGGACAACCUUAGGGUAUUUAAUGACAAAAGCCCUGAGGAAGUCUUCAUGGAGAUCAGGAGGCCCCUGGAGUGGCACUGUAAGCAGAUGGACCACUUUGUGGGACUCAAUUUCAACUCCAACUUCAACUUUGCACUUGUGGGACAUCUGCUGAAAGGUUACCGGCACCCAUCUACGACCAUAGUAGCAAGAACAGUAAGGAUUCUGCACACACUCCUUGCUCUGGUUAACAAACAUAGGAACUGUGAUAAGUUUGAGGUGAAUACCCAGAGUGUGGCUUAUCUUGCAGCUCUGCUGACUAUGUCCGAGGAAGUUAGGAGCCGGUGCAGCUUAAAGCAUAGGAAAUCACUCCUGCUGACGGAUAUUUCAAUGGAAAACGUUCCGAUGGAGACAUACCCCAUACACCACAGUGAAGCCAGUUGUAGGACACUAAGAGAAAACCAGCCAUGGUCUUCUCCCAAGAGCUCUGACAGACAUCUCGCUGCUAGUUACCCGACUGUUGGGCAGAUCAGUCCACGCACCAGGAAGUCCAUGAGCCUGGACAUGGGACAGCCUUCUCAAGCCAACACUAAAAAGCUGCUAGGUACACGAAAGAGUUUUGACCACUUAGUAUCGGACACAAAAGCCCCUAAAAGACAAGAAAUGGAAUCGGGGAUCACCACACCUCCAAAAAUGAGGAGAGUAGCAGAAAAUGAUUAUGAAAUGGAAACCCAAAGGAUAUCGCCCCAACAGCACCCCCAUCUCCGUAAAGUAUCUGUGUCUGAAUCUAAUGUCCUCCUAGAUGAGGAAGUCCUCACUGAUCCCAAAAUCCAAGCUCUGCUGCUGACUGUCCUGGCAACGUUGGUAAAGUACACUGCAGAUGAGUUUGACCAGCGGAUCCUGUAUGAGUAUUUAGCAGAAGCCAGUGUUGUUUUCCCAAAGGUCUUUCCUGUUGUGCACAAUUUACUGGACUUCAAGAUAAAUACUCUCUUAUCGCAAUGUCAGGAUCCAAAUUUAUUGAAUCCCAUCCACGGGAUUGUUCAGAGCGUAGUUUACCAUGAAGAAUCUCCACCACAGUAUCAGACAUCUUAUCUGCAGAGUUUUGGAUUUAACGGCUUGUGGAGGUUUGCAGGACCAUUUUCUAAGCAAAGUCAAAUACCCGACUAUGCUGAGCUGAUUGUGAAGUUCCUUGAUGCCUUGAUCGACACCUACUUGCCUGGAAUGGAUGAGGAGAUCAGUGAAGAGUCCCUUCUAACCCCAACAUCUCCUUACCCUCCUGCAGUGCAGAGUCAGCUCAGCAUUACUGCAAACCUGAACCUCUCUAAUUCCAUGACCUCACUUGCAACUUCCCAGCAUUCCCCAGGAAUCGACAAGGAGAACGUGGAACUUUCUCCGACUACAGCACACUCCAACAGCGGAAGGACUCGCCACGGCUCAGCUAGCCAAGUGCAGAAGCAACGUAGCACCGGCAGCUUUAAGCGCCACAGCAUUAAGAAGAUGGUGUGAAGCUUCCUCCUUUUUGUUUUCUGUUUUUAAAAAAGACCUGACCUAUGCCCUCCAUCAUGCCGCACUUAAAUUUGAUCCUUCCACCUCCUCGCCCCUCUCAGACAUGGUGCCAGGCAAUUAACUUUUGAAACUCUUUCUUGUAAAUUUAUUUUGGAUUUUCACUUCGAUUUCAUACAGCUGCCUUUUUUUUUAACUUGCUCCUCCUCUGAUCAUUUUCAAACCAGCAAUUUCAGAGCUGAUGAGUGAAACAACGUGAGGAAUGCGGAGAAGGUGAACUGUGGACAGAAAUGGUGGUCAUUGUAUCCGAAGACAGAAAUCAUGGGCAUCUCACUUUGGAUAGCUUCAUAUUUUUUUUUUUUGUAAUUUGAGGGCUUAUUUUGAUGGGGGGUUUGUUUGUUUUUUACGGCUUGUUUUGUGUCUACUUUUUUUUAAGUGUUAAUAUUCAAUCUUGUUUGCACAUUAGUGAGAUUUUUUUUGGGCCAAUAAACUUGCUUAGCUUAGCUUCCUCUUUAGCUGUGGACUUCCUUUUACUGGUCUUCUGAGCCUAACUCUGAUGCUGUAAGCUUACCCAGAGGGGAACACACUUUAUGGUGUCAAGAUACCCUUUUAUUUAAUCGUCUAGAGCAGUGUUUCUCAACCUUGGCGACUUUAAGAUGUGUGGACUUCAACUCCCAGAAUUCCCCAGCCAGCAUGAAUUCCCCAUGGCUGGCUGGGGAAUUCUGGGAGUUGAAGUCCACACAUCUUAAAGACGCCGAGGUUGAGAAACACUGCUCUAGAGAUCCCAGGAGAUGGUGCAUCCCUUGAUGCUUCCAAAAAAUAGCGCCUUGUGUGAAUUUGGACAAACUCUUUAAGUUUUGUUAAACUUUUCACCACUUUGUUUUUUAGAUUCCCUAAGUAAAUUGAGCAUAGAUGCUUGCACGCAUGUACACCCACGCACACCUCUGGCUGACCUAGAUUAUGGUAAGUGCUUUUAUAGAACAUUUCUUGAUGCCUCCCUUGCUGUGCUACAUAUACUUCACACUAAAGUAGUAGUAAUAAACAGAAAAUCACUGGGCCAUGACCAUCCCCUGAAUUUUAUGGCAGAAAGGAGGUGGAAUUUGCUGUUUUCUCUGACAUUUUGACACUUGCUUUCCACCCAGAUUUGAGAAGCUCCUGCUGACAAACCGUAGCCUUACCAUGCUGCCUUGUUCCAAAAGGGCUCCAUUUGUCUGGAUUUGGAAAGCAUCAGCUCUUGAUUUUAAAGAGAAAAAAAUUGAAAUGUAUUAAAGUCAUACUCCUACACAUAUACAGAUAACAAACCACCCAUAAGGCUUUCAGUAAGUGAAAUUCCACAGCUAAACCUUUCAGAGAUGGUACAAUGAAGGUCUAGAUUUAUUAUUGUUAAGUAGCAUGUUAUUAGCAAUUCAUUCAAAAUGUAGUGUGUUUUUAUGUAUAUAAAAAUAUUGCUUUUAUUGUAUCCGUACAGAGAAGAACUAUUUAAUCUUGUUACAGUGGGGGAGGGGAGUGAAUACAGUGUCAGAUGCCAACUGUCUGCCCAGCCAAGAAGAAAAGUUACAAAGAAGUUGAUGGGGAAAGAGAGGAUUCUCUUGGUCCACUGGAAUUGUAGUGGAAAUGAAUUUAAUUGAAGCAUGAGUGAAAAAGAUUAAAGAGGAAGUCCCUUCAAGUUUUAAGUGAAGAUUUCUGCAUCCAGGGAAGGCCCUACGCUGUCCCAAGACAGAUUCGCACUUGGGUUCUUGCCUGUUCUCUUUGUGAUGUGUGUUGUAGUGCCAAAUCAGACAUUUGGGAGAAGUUACACCUAGUCUGCCAAAAUCUCUCCGUGUGCCACACAGAUGUCACAACCGCAUGCCAAGUCAGUUGUGUGGAAGGGUGGAAGCCAAGUGGAUUAUCACUGAGUGCCAACCAACGUGGGUGAGUAGGGGAAUUUCCCUGGCAGUCAAGGAAAGCUCUUCAAAAAGCCCCCAGAAUCCUUUUGGCCUCUGCCUGGUUACCUGCCUCCGUAGUGUAGCCUGAACCACACCAGAGAGGUUCCUCCAUCUAAGAGCCAACCAUCGUAUUCCAAAAGGGCCUGCUUAUCCUAGUCUGGGCUUUUCCAGAUGUAUGAGGGCUGCAGCUCCUAGAAUUUCCAGCCAAUAGGAUUUUUGGCCUUGUCCGGAAACCGUGAACCCAGAUUAUGUUUACAUCAGUACAGGAAGCCAGACUGUUCCACCUUUAGAACAAGACACCCUGGCAACGUUGGUUAGUGAUUUUGAGAGUUGUAGUCCAGUACAUCUAGAGGGCACCAGGGUUGGGGAAGCUAAUACAGCCUCUAGGUUACCAGUUCCUGGGAUUAGGAAAAGUCCUACUCCAGAAGGUUUUGGGGAAAAGCCCCUCCUCCUCCUCCUCUCUGCCAACUCAAAAAUAAGAAUCUCCAGCCAAUUUAGUUUUUUUAGUUGCUGAAACCGGUUUUAGAACUUCUACACGCAGGGAACAUGGAGGUGUAGAUUCAGGCUAGUUGAAGGAAUGUUUUAAGUUUGUUCUUAGAAUCAGUUUUAUCGCAGCAUCUUUGCAGUCCCUGUGCAGCACCGCAGCUGGGAGGCUUUUCAUCUGUGGCAGGAAGAAGAGACUUUCCCAAGUGUUAGGGGACCUUCUGAAGUCCUUGGUGGGCUCAGCUUUACCAAGAAAAGGGGUGGGAGGAAGAGGGGUUUUGCGGGGAGCGACACGUAUCACAGAGGAAUAGCAGGAUGAAUGCACCCAGACGUGCUCCCCCUGGCAUAUAGCUAAGUCUCCCCUUAUUAGAAACAAACAGGAUGGGUUCACACAACACAAAGUCUGAGCUGAAGUGAGGCUGGUCAGUUUGUGGUUCAGGAACCCAGCCAGUAUGUUAGCAUGUUGGGUGAGCUCAGCCAACACUUUAAAGCAGUGCUUCUCACCCUUGGCAACUUCAAGCUGUGUGGACUUCAACUCCCAGAAUUCCCCAGCCAGCAUGGCUGGCUGGGGAGUUCUGGGAGUUGAAGUCCACACAGCUUGAAGUUGCCAAGGGUGAGAAACACUGCUUUGAACUGUUUGUUUGAGUCUGUUAUGGGAACACAGCCACACUGUUUCCUUAAUCUGGGUUUAGGAUUGAACGGGUGGCAUGAACCCAGCCAAAAGUGUGACUGGUUUAAGCUUGACCCAUUUCUCCGAGCCCAGCCCAGCCCAGAGAACUUUUGGUCACAAUCCAUCUCUUCCUUUCUAAAAUGCUACGAGACUUUUGUGUGUGGCCGAGUAAACCCGGGCUGGGUCAAAAUUAGUUUUUCAGUCCUCUAAAAUGAUGCGCAUUUGAAAUAGUCUGAUAGGAAAAUCAUGCUUGGGACAACUUUGACAACCUCAAAAACUUAGCCGCUUGAGGGCCCCGGGGAUCACAACUGGCAGUUUAACGGGAUGCCAGUCUAAAUCAGUCAGUGAAGGAUGUCCCUGCGGUGCCCUUUCAGCCGCCCUGGAAAUGCUUCUCCCCUGCUGAAGAGGGCAGGGGUAGCACCCCCUCCUAUUAAAGCAACCCCUUCCUGGCUAAGUUGCUCAGUGCCUUAACUCUUGCUUCCUUCCACUUUGGGUUGGGGGGAAGCAUCCUCUCUGCCCCCCAGCUGAGGCCCUUUCCUCCCUCUUUGUAUCAGCUACACCAGGUGGUGGACCCUCAAAAUGCCCCCUUGCUUUAAAAGAUUGUUUUUCCUUUUUUAAGUUGGAGGGGGCAUGGGGGGUGGGGUGAGAUACUCCAGCAAGUCAAGGUUGCCUCCAAAAGUACAAUAACAAGCGCAGGACGAGGAAGGAGUGUGUGUCUUUUGCCGAGCGGGUAGUCGAUUUGUGAGUAUCCAUGUGCCUUCUCUUUUUAAAGGAUAGAUCCAUGAAACAAAAUGUCCCUGCAUAAUGAGCUAGAGCAGGGUUUCUCAACCUCGGCAACUUCAAGACGUGUGGACUUCAACACGCUGCCUGGGGAAUUCUGGGAGUUGAAGUCCACACAUCUUCAUGUCGCCGAGGUUGAGAAACCCUGUGCUGGAGUGUAGAAUGACUGCUGUCUGUGCAAACAUAAUGUGAAUAUGCACUUCUCAACCAGCACUCCUCAGGUCCUGGUUACCAGCAGGCGUUGGUGGAGGGCUAGAAACUUGACUGUAUUCCAACUGACAAAUCCCAGUGGGAUUUCAGUACGACGAGAACCCAGACGUUUUGUCCUGCAGUGUAGAAUUGUCAGAACUUUUAAGAAAAAAAUAAAUAAAUUUGACACUCCUC